ACAUAUAUAUGUGUUUCCGUUAACUAACUUGCCAAAAAUGCGCAGUUUAUAUCUAUAAAAAAAUUAAUGCAUAUGUAUUUAAAAUUUAGUUUUGUGAAUAAUUAAAAUUUUUUUGUAAAAUUUAAUACUUUUAAUUUUACUACUUAAUAUAAAGUAUUGUGCAUUAAUAGAAAAAAUUAAAGUCAAUUCAUUAAGAAGUAUAAGACAAUUGAAAAUGAAAAUGUAUGAAAAUGAAAUAAGAAUAAAACAUGGUGAAAUCGUUUGCUCAUCAUCAGAAUUAAAUUUAGGUGUUACUUUGAAAAGCGGUCAAAGUUUUAGAUGGUUUUGUCAUAAUAAUGGAUAUCGAGGAGUAUUUGAUGGAUGUGUUUGGACUCUUACACAAAAUGAUACACAUUUGUCUUACAUUGUGCAAGGUCCAUUAAUAGAUUCUAAAAACUAUGAUGAGAUUUUAUCUGAAUACUUCAGAUUAAAUGAAUGUUUAACAGAUCUGUGCAAAAAAUGGAUUGCAGUAGAUCAACAUUUUAAAAAAUCCUUAAAUAAAAUAAAUGGUGUUAGAAUAUUAAAUCAAAAUGUUGUUGAAAAUGUUUUUUCUUUUAUAUGUAGUUCAAAUAAUAACAUUCAAAGGUAUAUAUAUAAAGAUAUUUUAAUUUAUUAAUUUUAUUUAUUAUAUUUUUAUUUUAGAAUAUCAAAAAUGGUAGAAAAAUUAUGUAUAUUGUUUGGUGAAAAAAUUUGUUCAGUUGAGGGCAAAAAUUAUUAUAAUUUUCCAUCCAUUGAAGCAUUAGCGAAUAAAAAUGUUGAAGAUAUAUUAAAAAUGGAAAAAUUUGGAUAUCGUGCAAAGUACAUAGCAAAUGCAGCAAAAUGUUUAAUUGAACUUGGUGGAAAAGAAUGGUUAUUAAAUUUACACAAAAAAAAUAAUGUACCAUAUAUUCAAGCUAGAAAACAAUUAAUUACUCUUCCUGGAAUUGGUCCAAAAGUUGCAGAUUGUAUAUGUUUAAUGUCAUUAGGCCAUUUAGAGUCUAUUCCUGUAGAUACUCAUAUUUUUCAAAUAGCUAAAACAAAUUAUUUACCUCAUUUAAAACAAUAUAAAACUGUUACUCCAAAAAUUCAUGAGGAAAUUAGUAAUUAUUUACGUGAAUUAUGGGGUCCUUUAGCUGGUUGGGCUCAAGCUCUUGUUUUUUGUGCAAAAAUUAACGAUAUUGUUACUACUACCACAUCAAAUUAUAAAUGUAAAAAUAUAAAUAAUAAAUCAUUUCAUCAUUAUAAUUUAAAAAAUCUUAAAAAAUAAUAUAUAUUUUAUUAAUAUUAAUAUAUAUUAUUAUAUAACAAUAGAUUUUUAUUUAAAUUAAUAUUUUUUACUUAAUAAUCUUUUUUAAUUUUUUAUAUUAUAUUAUAUAUUUAGAAAAAUGUACAAAAUCAUGUAAAAACUUUAAUUCUAAUUUUCCUUUCAUUCAAAUAUUUACAAUAUUAUUGUCUAAUAAUUAUAAGAUUUUAUAAACUAUAUAAGUCAUGUCUGAGAGAAUAAUCAUUAUGUGUACAUUUUUUCUUCUUUUUUCGACUCAUACCCACUAAUGCAAAAUCAAAGUCAUCUAGAAUCAUAUAAUCUGUUUCAUAUAAUUCUAAUUCAUCUUCCUCAUUCUCAUCAUCACUAUCUGCAAAAAAA